AUGCGUAAUCGAGCCUUGCCUUCAAGCCCGCAGGCAAGACCUAAGAGCGAGUUCGGAAGCCUCUCGAUUUAUGACAGGGACCAAAUUAAGGUCAUGACCGAGAAACUCAUCUACACACCUCUCAUAGAAGGGGACUUUCGCCUCCUGGUCUUGGAGCCAGGCCCUCACAAGGAUCCAAACAUCUCAGUCCGUCUUGUUCAAUGCCGGCCGCAAUUUGCACCUACUUAUGACGCUUUGUCCUAUGUCUGGGGCGACCAGAGUAGGAGAACCACGAUAUCGUUGGAUGGGAAGCCGUUCGACGUCACCACCAACCUGGCUUGGGCGUUGCGGAGGACGCGAAAUCCGCAUGAGGCUCGACUGGUCUGGGCCGACGCGAUAUGCAUCAACCAGCUCGAUCUUCAGGAGCGAAGUCAGCAAGUCGCCAUUAUGGGAUCUAUAUUCAGCAACGCAAGCCGAGUCCUUGUCUGCAUGGGUGAACCGCCGGAUAACCGCGGGGACGAAGACGUCUCAUCGCUCAUGAAUGGCUUCACAUUCCUAUGGGGCAGACAUCCCGAUAUCCCAGCCUUGAGGCAACACGACCCUCUGCGGACUGAUGCACGUUGGCGAAGCGUGGCGAAAUUUAUGCAACUACCGUGGUUUCGCCGAGCUUGGGUCAUUCAAGAGGUUGGCCUCGCUCGCGACCCGCGCGUCCUCUACGGCCGCUGCGAGUUCGGCUACAGAGACAUGCUUCGGGUCAUGAAAUGGGCAGGCUGCCAGACAUGGAUUCUUCAAUUUGCGAUCCCUUCGCUAUUGGUCCACAGAGAGUGGCACGACUGGACACAGCCAAACCACCCGCUCAGCUUUAUUGACCUCUUGAACCACGGCGCCUUGCUGGACUGCAGCGAUCCCAGAGACCACGUCUAUGCGUUCCUCGGCCACCCUCUGGCGAGAAACGAAGAUGGAAGCCCCUUGAUCUUCCCUGAUUACGUCAAGUCGGUGGAGCAGCUCUACCUGGACGUCUCUCGCAUUCUAUUGCGGCGAUUUGGGCUGCGCUUACUUUCGUCAGUCGAGCAUCGAGAGUCGACGAUAAAGGAUGAAUUUCCCUCAUGGGUCGUACGUUGGAACGUUUCGGUUGUGAUGAACGAUAUCGCCCGCUACCCACUGUUAUACCGAGCCACGCCUCCGCACUGGGCGCCUGAUCUUGCGAAGGCGAUCAGUGGGAAGAAGCUUGAGCUUCCUGGGGUCAUACUGGACAGAGUUUCCAAGGCUUACUGCAUCGACGUGAGAUCAACCCCCGACGUCUCUCUGCGGUUCAUUGACUUUUCCGACGUCUCGCGAAACCUGAGCUGGUCAAAUAUCCUGGGCGAAGGCUAA